CUUUAAAUUCAUUAUUUUUUAUAUUUUUGACGGUGUAAUAAUGACAGUUUAAAAAUAUUAUUUUUUCGAUGUAUCGUCUGGAUAUAAAGUUUAAAAUAGUAUAAAUUUAUAAAAUAUAAAUUGAAUAUUAAAUUUCUUAGUGAAAAUGUUGCCAAAAGGUUUAAUGAACCAAGUUUUUGCUACAAUAUCAGCGUCUUUUUCAAUAUUUAUUGCGGGUAGUUGGGUAGGAUGGCCUUCUGCAACACACAAAAGCUUUGAAAAUCACCAGACAGGAGUGGAAAUAAAUCACACUCAAUUGUCUUGGGUUGUAUCGUGUAUGGAUUUAGGUAAUUUCUUUAUUCCACUUCCAGCUGGAUAUUUAAUGGAUAGAUUUGGAAGAAAGAAUACAGUAAUAUUUUUAGGACCUUUGUACAUCACCUCGUGGACAUUGACGUGGUUAUUUGAUAAUGUAUGGGCAUUAUAUAUAGCAAGAUUAUUAGGUGGUGCAGGAAAAGGAAUUUCGUAUACAGUGGUCCCAAUAUUUCUUGGAGAAAUAGCAGAAGUGAAAAUACGAGGUGCUUUAAGUACAAUUUUUGCCAUUCAAUUGUCUUUUGGAUUAUUUUUUGAACUUGUAUUUAGUAAUAUCGUUAAUUACAGAACUCUGAACAUGAUUUCUACAAUAAUUCCAAUAAUUUUUUUUUUAACGUUUAUUUGGGUGCCCGAAUCUCCAUUUUAUUUAUUGAAGAAAAAUCGUCGAGAUGAAGCUGCUAAAUGUCUUCGAUGGUAUAGAGGAGGUGAAGACUCAGAGUUACAAAAAAUGGAACUCAACGUUCAAGAAGAUAUGAAAAACAAAGGAACGUACAAAGAACUUUUUACUAAUCCAAAAAAUUUAAGAGUAAUUUGUAUCAUAAUAAUUGCUUGUUUUUCACAGAGAGCAGGAGGGAUAAGUAAUCUUAUCGCAUUUGGAAUCUAUACCCUACCUAAAAGUCCUCCUUUAUUUGACAGUACAAUUUACAUGAUAAUUUUUGGUGCCUUUCAAGUUAUUUUUGGGUUUGUUGGGAUGUCUUUAGUUGAUGUUUUAGGUCGAAAACCACUACUAAUAAUAUCUCAAGUAUCACUAGGGCUCAUUACUUUUGUUCAUGGUUUAUAUUUUUUUUUUAAAACAUGUAUGCAUGUGAAUGUUUCUGAAUUUAUCUGGGUUCCGUGUUUAUGUUUAGAGUUAUUUUCAAUCAUGUUUAGUGUAGGAAUAGGAUUUAUUCCAGUAGUUUUAUUAGGAGAAAUGCUUCCAGUUAAUGUAAGAGCACAUGGCUCUGCUGUUAUGUCCAUGACUCUUGCUUUUUUUUCAUUUUUAGCUAACAAGAUAUUUUUAGGUAUUACAGAUAAGUUUGGUUGUUAUGUUAUGUUUUGGAUUUAUUCAAUGGUCAAUUUAACUUCCGCGUUUCUUAUUUACAAAAUGGCAUUUGAGACAAAAGGUAAAACAUUUUCGGAAAUUCAAGAAAUUUUAGAAUUGCGUAUAAAACCAAAAAAAAAACAACAAUCAAUAUAUUCGUGUAAAACAUGAACUUAUUUAUGAUGAGAGUACUCGCAAAAAUGUUGUUUACUUAUAUACAUAUUUUAUAGCUAUUAAAUUUAGUAAUUUAAAAUUUUCAGAUUGUUUGAAGUAUAUUUAUAUUGCAUUUUCUUAAUACGGAAAAUAAAAGAUUUCAAUUCAGUUUCAUAUUUUUAUAUUAAAUUAUUAAACAUUGACAUUAUGUUUGAAAUAUUUAAUUAAACUUUAUUUUUGUUGCUGAUAAAUUAUUUUUGACACAAUUAUUUUUUUUUUUUAACUAAGUUUCAUUGGUCUAUCUUGAAAUCGAGUAUUUUGAUGUUAAAAAGAAAACAGUUGUUGAUUUGUAUUAUGUCUAUCAGAUUUACAUAAAAUUGUUAAUGUGAUAAAAUUUCUUAAUAUCAUUAUCAAGUAAGUGGCUAAAAUUGCCAUGAUAAUUUUUAUAUUAUGAUACUAGAAAAAAA